ACGUUGACUCUCAAGUAGACUUUCCACACUAUUUUCUUUCUCCAGUGAAAACCCUAAUGGCAUCAAAUUUAUAAAGCAAAGAGAUAUACAUACAGAUAUACAUAAUUUAAUUACAUAUUCUAAAAAGCAACUCUCCAGAGCACUACAUAUGUAGCCCAUCCUCCAAUGGAGUUUCUCACAAUUUUUUUUUGUCACUGCAAAUCAUUGCUUUAAUUUGCUUAUCCCUUCCUAUUAUAUAUUUAUUAAAAAUAAUAAUAAAAUAUAUUUAUAUAUAAAUUUUUUUUGUUAAUUUACUAAGCUGCCAUGGACAAGAUGAUCAUAAAAAUCAAGAUGCCAUCCGCAAUGGAGCUCCAAUUCAACUGCACCGUAUGCGAACGAGCGUUUGGCAACGCAAAAGCAUUGGCCGGCCACAUGAGGUGGCAUUUGCCGAAGGCGAAGGAGCGUAAACCUAAUUCCGAUUUAAUUGUUGUGAAAAAACCUAAACUAAUCGCACCGAGACCGGAGGCCGCCGCCGCCGAGUCUUCGGUGGCGAGAAUUCUGAAUUGUCCAGUUUGUUAUAAAUCUUUUGUUUCAGAUAGGGCGGUGCACGGUCAUAUGAAGAAACACCCCGACAGGAAUUGGAGGGGGAUGAAACCCCCGAUAACUGAUGCUGUUCCAGAUCAAGUCGUCGUCGUCGAAAAUGGCGAUUUGGUUGCUCAUGAGUUUAACCAGUUGAUUGUUAGGCCGCCGGAUAUUGCAUCGGCUGCAGGAUGGCACAUGACGGGGAAGAGAGGCAUGGCGGCGAUUGCUCCGGCGGAGUUUCCGGAGACUUUUGUGGUGGACCAGUCGACGGGGUUAGGGUUUGAUCUCAACGAGUUCCCACCGGAGUGGCCAACUAUCUAGAUUAAUUAUUAUGAAUUUGCUGUUGUGAUGAGUUAUAAUUUUCUAUUGUGUCAAU